UGGGCAUUGUAGUUGUUUUUGUGUCCGCGCUGCUUAUAAUAUAAACUUCAGUCGUCUUCGUCAAACUCGUCACUCGUCAUUGUCAGUCAUUGUCUUGUCAAUGGGCUAGUGAAAAAAAUGUUGUAAAUGAAGAUACGGCUUCUUUUUCUUUGUAUGAAUGACGUUUUUAAAGUUUGUUUCGCGAAUGAUUAAUAUACAUUUGGGGAAGUGAGCGAAGUGAGGUUAGAAGUGAAGACCCGUGUGUGUAUUAUAAUAAAGUCUCCGAGGAAAAUGGCAGAAAGAGUUGCUCCAUCCCGUGUGUUUUCCACCAAGAGUUUGUACGAAUUAAGUGUAAUCGCAGUAGCAGAUAAAUUUAUUACCUUCAAAAAGCAUCUCUCUUAUCUACCAGAAAAAGUACUCUUUGAUUUGUAUUAUCAGCUAUGCAAAGAGAAGAGAUUAUGCCUGAUAGGGAUGGAGUUUAGCGAUCUCAAAACUUUUUCACUAAUGCUCAAAGUUACAAAUCGACGAAUACACUUAUUACAAAUAUUUCAGGCUCUUAUGGACCAUGGAAUGAGAGUCUGCAGUGAAUUGGCAAUUUGUUAUGACGUCUGUUGCCUUGGUGUUAGAGAAAAUAAAAAUGCACGGGAGAAGAUUAUAAACCUGGGUCUUAAAUUAGGAGGGUUUCUAAGCGAAGCUGGCUGGUACGUAGAAAGUGAAAGGGUGCUAUUGGCUUGCAAGGAACUCUGUAUUACUGAUCAAGAAAAUCUUCAGAAUUGGUGUCUUACAUUAGAUUGUUGUCACAAAUUACUUCACGCUCAAGCUGCGUAUUGUGCAUUUCGAGCUGCUGCAGAAACUUACCAAUUGGCAGUACGGACUAUUGAAAAACUAAAAAAUGCUGGACAUUCAAAUGCAAAUCAUGCCGCUCUCUAUGCCGAAUUUAGUGUACUUUUCUAUAUUAGGAGUGAAUAUGAUCGAGCGUAUAUGUGGAGUAUAGAGGCACUUAAGCAGCUGAAGCCAUCACUUUCGGCGAGAAUCAAAAUCGAUGUCUUGCGUCAGGCUGCAAAGUCAUGUGUCGUAAAACGAGAAUUUCAAAAAGCUGGUCUUCUGAUCAAGCAGGCUGUGUAUCUCGCAAGAGAAGUUUUCGAAACGGAUCAUCCAAUUUACAGUGAUGUUCUGAUUGAUUACGGCUUUUAUUUGUUGAAUUACGAUAGUAUCAACAAUAGUGUACAAGUUUAUAAAUUUGCACUAGAAAUAAGGGAAUCGAUAUUUGGAAAAAUGAAUUUACUGGUAGCGAUAGCACACGAAGAAUUGGCGUACGCUUUAUACGUGCAUGAAUACAGUUCCGGGAAAUUCGAACAAGCGAGUUAUCAUGCUGGUAAAGCUAUCGAAAUAAUGGGGAAAUUAUUGCCCGUAGAGCAUCUCAUGCUAGCUAGUACAAAACGAGUAAAAGCCCUAAUAUUGGAGGAAAUAGCCUUGGAUAAUGAAAGAACGCCAUUAUCUGAACAGGAUCUUCUUUUAAAAUCGGAGGGUCUUCAUUUGUCUGCUCUUCAAUUGGCGAAAUCUGCGUUUGGCGAAAAAAAUGUACAGACUGCAAAACAUUAUGGAAAUUUAGGACGACUGUAUCAAAGUAUGAGAAAAUUUUCGGAAGCAGAGAAUAUGCACUUGAAGGCGAUUAGUAUAAAAGAAGAACUUCUAGGACUCGAAGACUAUGAAGUUGGAUUAAGUAUAGGACAUUUAGCAUCUUUAUACAAUUUUCAUAUGAAUCGAUAUAGAGACGCUGAAAAAUUGUACUUUCGAAGCAUUGCCAUUAGUUUAAAACUCUUUGGUCAAAGUUAUAGUGGCCUCGAGUACGAUUACCGCGGAUUAAUGCACUUAUAUAUGAAAUUGGAUGAACAAGAUAAGUUUUAUGAAUAUACAAACGCUUUAGCCGAAUGGAGGGAACUUCGUGACAAACACGUUGAAUCGGAGGACCCACCAAUUGACCUUCACACACGCCCACGGCCAAUAGAAGACGUAACAAAUGCAUUCUUUGCAAUGUGAUAAUGUGAUAUAUCCUUUUUUUCGAAAUCUACAUUCAAAACAUCUCAAAUCAUUUAAAGACUUUAAAUUAAUUUUCAACCAGUGCGUUUCAUCUCGUUCAUUUAUAUCAAGAAAAAAAAAAGAAAAAAAAGUAUAUUUUACUCUCAAGCUCUUUUGGAAGUGAUAUAUAAUAAUAUUUUAUCCGCAUAUCAUUUAUUCAAAUAUUCAAUCUCAUGAUGAUCUCGUUUAGAUGCUCAAAACCAAUGUGAGAAGAGCUGUUUUUUAAUUUCUCUAUUAUACGAAAUAAUUUUUUUUAUUCAAAUUACAUAGGAAAAGAAUAGGGGAAAAUAGUCAUUUUUUACACUGUUCAUUUAAUUUAAUUUUCAUAAAAAUUAAUUAUAAAAUAGCUGCCCAAAAAAUUGCGGCAAAAUUCAAAUUCACAAUUGUAUGACUGAAAUUUAAAUUAAAGUUUAUUGUUUAGAUGAAAGUACUGAUAAAAAUGUUGAAUUCAAAAUUUCUAAAAUUAUAUCGAAUUCGAGUAGAUUAUUAUUGACAAAUAGAUAAUGCGAGAGAAUAAUUGAAAAAAAAAAUUAAGAAAUCUCACAAUGUCUUUAUCAAAAAAAUGAUAUCGGAACAUAUUGUUCGCAAGACUAAUUAAUGCGCAGUAAUAAAUUUAGAUAAUUUGCGAAGAGAAGUCAAAGAUUCUUUCCUUUCAAUUGAAAAUGAAAAAGGAAACAAAUUGUUAAAAUUCGAAACUAGAUGAUAAAAUAGAAGACUUUUCUUUUUUGUUAACAUUUAAUAUAAAUAUAAUACUAAAAAAGAAAAAUAAAAUUAGGUAUUAAAAAAUUGUUUAGGGAAAUUUUUUUUAAAUGCAGAAAAAUUCUUUUUCAGAAUCUUAAUAUUGCGUACUAUUAUGAUUUAAAAAAAAUUUUUCUUUAUAGAAAGAAUAGCGAUUUUGAUAUUUUUAGCUUUUAUUUAUUGUAUAGAAUUUAUUAAUUUUCAUAUAUAGAAAAGAAAAAAAAAUAAAUAAAACGAAAGAGAUUUCUUUCCAUGCUCAAAAAAUUUUUAAAAAGUAUAAUUAAUAUAUGUUCGGAAAUUGGACAAUUUUAUGAAAAAUAAAUCUUGUCAAUGUAGAUACUCAUAAUAUAAAAAAGUGAAACAAAUUUUUAACGAAUAUUUUAUAUGUACACGUAUAAUAUCGUUAUGUUUAUUAUUGUAUUAUAAAAUCUUUGUUUAUUGUCACCGAUAUUGAAAAAGGAAUAAAAAUUAAAUAUUAUAUAGA